CAAACGUGUACAACCAAAACAGAAUGAAUACUGUUCAGCCUCCUCCUCCAGUUCCCCGAACUGAAGAUCCUGUGACUGCAAAGUGACCCCAAUGAUGUUCGAUCACCAAAAGCUUCUUACACAACCGAGGAAGUAAUAAAAGACGGUUCGGCGACAAACCCGGUUUAAAUUAAACCAGAACUUGGGAAAUUGAAAAUUGUGGAAAGAACCUGAGCCAUGGCGAUUGCUUCAACAGCCACCCUUCUCUUCUGCUGCGCGAAACCCAAUUACCGGCGAAUUCCGAUCAAACAGACCAGUUCAUCUUCUCCUCGCACAACCUUAAACGAACGUCGGAUUCGGAGCCGCAGCUUAACCCAUGACCCAAUUGCGUUGUCGGGUCUUAUCGGAACCGGUUUGGUUGCGGCUGCGUUCGUCGCGGCGGGACCAGAGUCUAGUGCUAUGGCGGCGGUGGUGGGUUCACUUCAGUUAAGCGAACCGGCUAAUGCGUUGUCUUUACCCACUUGGGCAGUUCAUGUUUCCAGCGUUGUCGAAUGGAUCACGGCUAUGGCGUUGGUAUGGAAAUAUGGAGAAAGAAAGGGUUAUGAGUCUUGGAAAGGUCUCUCAUGGGGAAUGGUACAUUUGCUUGGUGGAGCUCUCUGCGCAUGCACAUGGCAUUUCUUUUACAAUGAUGAAUCUCUUGAGGUGUUGGUCGCGCUACAGGCAGCGCUAACUGUGAUCGGUAAUAUUACUUUGUGCAUCGCUGCCUUUCGAAUCAACAAGUUGUCAUCCAAGAUUGAAGUCUCUGAAAAACCGUGAGAGGCUAAUACACAUCUUUGUGUUAGCAAAAUCGUUGAAGUGAAAUAUCUAUUGUCCCAUUUCUACAGACGGGAAUCUGAGUGUAGCCUUUUUGGUGGUCGGAGAAGCAGCUGGAUCUUCGAGGAUUGCCAAUGUGGUAUAUAAUUCAAUUGAUCUUGCUUUAUAUUUCUAGAGAUUGCAUAUCAAACAAGAUUAUAUUGAGCGUAUAUAUAUUGUAUCUUCCUGAUUAUUCUCUUAAUGAGUAACUAAUACCAAUGCCAUAAAUAAUCUUUGUAGUAGUGAAAAUGUUGUUUUGGGUCAUAGACUUGACUCAAAUAUAAAGUGGAGAAUCUUUUUCCCAGUA